AGAAUACAACAAAUAGGUUUUACAUAUUCGAGAAAUCGUCUCUUAAACUAGCAGAAUCUUUGCCAUUGUUACAUUGAAAAUUAAACAAAGAAAAUUACUAAUUGUUGGCGACGUAAUCUUUUCUCAAUUUUGACAAGUAGCAGGUGUUAAUCACGUGUAUGGGAAACAUCUCCAAACAUCACCGCUAGGGCGGCAAUACUGGGAAACACAUAAAUACAAUGAUCAUCUACAGUGCUUCCAUUCAGUCUUAUUUGUAUCGCGUAUGAGUAAGUGUCUGUAUGAGUUGAAGAAACAUAGUUUAUGUCUGUAAAAUGAAAGUGACAACAUCUUCGGAAUCCAAAGGCCAUGCUAGAGUGCAAUGGGCGAUCACGAUUUUAUGUAAUUUAACAAAUUUUACAUACGGCCUGCAGACGGGAUGGAUGUCCCCCAUGACAAAACUGUUACAGUCAGAAUAUUCCCCGACUGGCAGAUCACUCACAGAUACCGAGAUAUCAUGGAUCGCUAGUGCACCAUGUCUAGCAGCUGUGUUUGGAGUUCUCCUAUUUGUUCAAAUUGUGGACAGGUGUGGACGAAAACAAGGAAUUUUGCUAAUAAUACUAAUUCAAGCGUUAACGUGGAUCAUUAAAAUGCUGCCACCCUCCACGUACAGCCUGGUCGCAGCGAGAGCGGCAAGUGGCCUGGCUGGGGGAGGCUGCUUCCACGUUGUCCCCAUGUAUGUCAAAGAGAUCGCUCAAGACAAUAUCAGGGGCACACUGGCAUCCAUAUUUAUAUUAGCACAAAGUGCAGGAAUUGUCAUAAUGUAUGCAAUGGGAGGAUAUUUAAAUUAUUACACGAUAUUAUGGGUCGUCAUCGGAAUUCCUAUAAUGGCGUUUGGAUUGUUCCUAAGAGCUCCAGAAUCUCCAGCCUAUUUAGUGAAAAUAGGGAAGGUGGAUGAGGCAGCCAGAACUCUGGCAUUCUUAAGAGGAAUGAACGCUGAAGACAAACAAAUUCAAUGCGAAAUUGACAUAAUGAAAAAAGAUGAUGAUUACUAUAAGUCUAUACCUGAAAUAUCAAUGGUCAUUAUUCUCAAAAACAAGGUAUGGAGGAAGUCUUUUGUCAUCAUGCUGGUCAUUAUUGUGGGGCACGCGACGAAUGGUGCCUUCUCCAUAUUGACCUAUGCUGCAACUAUAUUAUCUACAUCUGGAGUUUCGAUGAGUCCAGAACUGCAAGCACUCAGCAUACCUAUAUGCAUGACCGUUGGCUGCCUUAUCACGUUUGUGACUAUCGACAGGCUUGGCAGAAAGCCUAUCUUGGUGACAACCUUUGCUACUUCAGCCUUAGGCUUUUGCUGCAUAGCAACAACAGGCAUUCUUCAGCAACAUGGCUGGACUACUCCCGGUUGGCUGAAUGUUGUGAUGCUGAUGUUGGUGGUCUGCAGCUAUGGUUGUGGUGUAUCUCCCAUCCCAUUUAUUGCAAUGUCGGAAAUAUUCAAUUUUCAGAUUAGAGCAAAACUAAUGGGAUAUUUAGUGAUGUUGGCAUGGCUCAUGUCCUUUUUCCAACUGUUAUCCUUCAGUGCUGUCACAAGCAACUUUGGUGUCAAUGUGAGCUUCUAUAUAUUCACGGCAAUAAACUUGAUUGGAGCCGUCUUUGCUGUAAUAAUGCUGCCUGAAACAAAUGGCAAGAGUGUUGAAGAUAUAGAAAGGAAACUGAAAGGAGAUUACAGUUAACAUAAUAAAGAAGAAACUAGGUUUAAGAUAAUAGGUUAAGAUAUGGGAAGUGUUAUAGAGUCAGCAAGAAUUAGGAACGAUUUAAAGAUAUUUGUGUUAUACCAGUGCCUUUUCAUUAUGACAUUUUUUUAAGUUCUACGCCAAGACAUUGUGAUUAAAUUCUUUAUUAAAAAA